CCAUCACAACUCCGAACGUGUGCGCCUAGUGUUUCUCUGCAUGUGGCUGGAGUUUCACUCUAGGGCUUUGCGUAUAGGCUUUUCUCCUCUCAUCAUCUGCAAUUGAUCUCAGAGAGAAAUUCAUACUUUAAAGAGUACCGCAUCGGCAAUCCAAUAAUAUUCGAUAGCAACAAUUAAAAGUAAUUUCAUUUCAUUCCUCUGCUGCUUUCAAAAGCACCGUUAUCUCCCAUCCAUCCAUCUAUCUAGAAUGGACUUGUUGGGUCCAAUUGUGGAAAUCAUUCUCUUCUUCUGGGCUCCUAUUUCUCGGCACAUCGGUUAUUUCAAAGACCUCAACAACAAUGUAGAGACUCUGAAAAGGAAAACGGAAAAGCUAAAACGCAAGCAUGAUGAUAUUCAAGCAGAAGUCGACAAUGCUAUACCAGUCGGAAAGAGACAGAAAGCCCUUGUGGAGAAUUGGUUCACGGAAGUCAGAAAUACCGAAAACGAAGUUGAUUCAAUAAGAUUGGAGCUGGAACGAAGGAGAAUAUGCACCUAUCACUGGUCUCGUUAUACAUUGGGAAAAAGGGUCGUUGAAAAGCUCGAAGACAUCAAAAAGCUCAACAAAAAACUCAAAGUAAAAGGGGUCUUCCAUGAGGUGGCUGAGAGCAGUCGACAUCCAAGGGUGUUGGAAAAGCAAACAUCACUACCACGAGGACAACAAAGCACGUCUGAGCGAACCUUGGAGGAGAUAUGGCAAUGCUUAAACGAGGAAAGGAGUGGAAUCAUAGGUAUUUGUGGGAUGGGUGGAAUAGGAAAAACCACUCUCAUGAAAGAAAUAAACAAUAGGUGCACCAAAACCCGUGACUUUGAUGUCGUGAUUUGGAUAACUGUGUCCAAGGAUCUCAACUUGGGAUUAAUCCAAGAGGAGAUUGGAAACAGAUUGGGUAUGAAAUUCGACGGAAAUGAAGAUAAGGGGGACAAGUUGUUUACUCGGUUGAAGAAUCUUAGGUAUCUGCUCAUCUUAGAUGAUCUAUGGGAAUCAUUUAGCUUGGUUAAAGUUGGAAUUCCAAAGCCAGACAAGCAAAACAGAUGCAAGAUCGCGAUAACGACCCGAUCCAUUGAAGUAUGUAAUAAGAUGGGGGCCGAUAAGCAGAUUAGAGUCAAGACUCUUACAUGUGAGGAAGCACGGAAUUUGUUCUAUGAAAGAUGUGGGGAUGUGGUUCUAUCAUCAGAGAUUCGACCGGUGGCAGAGAAAGUCGUGGAACAGUGCAGCGGAUUACCACUUGCAAUUAAGACAGUGGGACAGGCUAUGUACGGCAAGGAUAAGAAAGAGCUAUGGGAGCAUGCAUUAUGGGCAUUGAAAAGAUCAUUACCUGAUGAGGUUCCAGGUAUGGAGCCUGAAGUUUUUCUUCCUUUAAAAUUUAGCUAUGAUUGCCUAGAAAAUGAAGAGAGCAAAUUAUGUUUUCUGUAUUGUUCAUUAUUUCCGGAAGAUUAUGUUAUAAACAUAGAUAAGCUAGUAAGAUAUUGGGCCAUGGAGGAAGGAUUCAUAGAAAAUGUGAAUAACUUGGAAGAAGCAUCAAACAAGGUGUAUAAAAUCCUUGAAAGAAUCAAGGACGCAUGCCUCUUAGAGCAAGGGUGGAACUAUAGAUAUGUUAAGAUGCAUGAUUUGCUCCGCGACUUGGCUAUAUGGAUCACUUCACCAUCGUCAUCGUCAUCCAGCAAAGGCUUAAAAUUCCUUGCAAAAGCCGGGGAGGGAUUAGUGCAGCCACCAGAAGAGAAAUUGUGGCGAGAGAUGGGGAGGAUUUCAUUGAUGCGCAACAAAAUAGAACAUCUCCGAAUUACACCCGAUUGCCCUAACUUGGUCUCCUUGUUCCUCAAUGACAACAAUCAAUUACGUACCAUUCACAGUGGUUUCUUCGAGUUCAUGCCGAAUCUUCAGAUCCUCGAUCUAAGCAAUACUUGCAUUGAAUCUCUCCCAGCAUCGUUAUCGCUUUUAACGAAUCUACGUGCGCUCAUUCUAAGUGGCUGCAGACAUCUAGUGGAGGUGUCACAAUUGGGAAAGCUGGAGGAACUCCAACUUCUUGAUCUCUCUGGAUCUGGUUUAAAAAGCUUGCCUCAAGGCAUUGCAAGCUUGGUUAAACUUAGGUGGCUGGAUCUAUCAUUUAUGAGGGAUCUCAUCCCAAAUAUUCCCUGGGAUAUGAUAUUCGGGCUACCUAGUCUGGAGGAUCUAAGAAUGACGGGGUUGAAACACGUGGAUGGAGCUACUUUCAGUAAGGCUGCGACCAUGACACGGCUGACUUCUUUAAGAAUCCAACUGUCCAAUCUUAAUGGCUUCAUCGCAGAUGAUAUGUUCCACCGAUGGUUUUCAGGUUUGAGAAGAUUCCAUGUUUGUGUUGACUAUCAAGAGUCUGAUGCCUCGCGGGGUGAUCCUUAUAGGGAUAUAAUCAUUUCGGGAUGUGACAAUUUCCCAUGUGGGAUUGAGGGGUUGAUAAAAUAUGCAACCACUUUGUGGUUAAUAAAUUGCAAAGGUCUAACGAGUCUUUCUCAGAUACUAGGCGAUUCAAAGAACUUAAUAAUACUCGAUGUCCUACAAUUCAGUGGAGUGGAAUGCAUUAUAGACUGGAGAGAGGUUGGAGAUGAUGCAUUCCAAUGUUUAGAGAGGUUGUAUCUCCGUGGUUUGCCAAACUUGGAGAAGGUAUUCGAUGGUGUAGCGUCUCAGCCUAACACGCGCCUUCAAAACGUAAGAACUAUACAACUUAACGAUUGUCACAAGUUAAGGUGUCUCUUCUCUUCUAAUAUGGUAGAAUAUCUACAUCAAUUACAAGAGCUUUUUGUAUGGGAUUGUUCCGAAAUGGAGGAGAUUAUAGAAGGCGACAUGCUUCCUCAUAAUUCAUUCCCAAGAUUAUGCUUCCUAUCUUUAGGAGGCUUAUCCAAAUUAGUAAGCAUUUGUGGCCAGCGACUUACUUUUAAAUCUUUAGAAGAGAUGAGAGUAAGUUCGUGUCCUAAGUUGAAGAAGCUCCCCCUCUUCUCCUCAAGCAUCCUGGAAAUAAAAGGAAAAAUACAAGGCGAGAGAGAAUGGUGGGAAGGAUUAGAGUGGGAAGACGAGAACGCCAAGUCCCUCUGCUCCAGAAUUUACGAAGUAUCUUCCUCAUAGAAAAGGAAUAUUUUCCUGAAUAACACUGCGAGAACAUCAUUAAGCUCUACAAUCUCUCGAGAUAUUACAAUGCCGCCAAACUCUUGAGAAGUUGAACUGGAUUCAGAGCAAUGCAGUAGCUAUUCAGCAAAUGCCAAGGGCAUUACCAACAGCAUUUGAUAACAGAUUUAAUGGGGAUGCAUCAUCAUUAGUUCUAUUUUAGAACUUAGAGAACCUGCGAACAAAGUGCUUGGAAGCUACAAUGUUUUAUGAGAUUUGUAGCAGUUACAGGCCUGUUUUGGGGAGGGGGAUCUCAGAGAGAUCAGAGUUUGGGGCUGUUUCUAAUUUUCUUUCUCCUAAUCGAGCAUGUGCUCAAGCAGACGGUAUAAGCCCUUGUUUUGUUUGGCUGUGACUUGUGCUAGCUUGAGGCUGUUUCAGGUGUGUUUGGAUGCAAUAUGAAAUUGAAUUGUAAUAUUCUAGUGACUCUACAAGAGUAGAAGCGUGGAAAUGAUUGAAUUGUGGUUACCUCCCUUUGCACCAUAUUGAGAGAUUGGCCUCCAAAUCACAAUGACAUUCCUUUCAAGCUGAAAGGAAUAAAAA